UAUAGUCGGCCGGGGAUUAGCCGGGUGGGAGUAAGAAUCUGUUCUGCGUGGGCCAUAGCGGCGCCCAGGAAAGCGGCUGGAAUUAUCACUCCCCCGCUCCGGAAGUGAGCAGCUUCUGGCGUGGUGCAUUGUGGGGGGCGUAGUCCUCCUUCCCGGGCGGUCCUUCGCGGCGUCCCCGGGGCCGACUCUGGAGCGCAGGCGGGCGGCCGGGUGGGUGGCGCGGCGCGGGCCGGCGGGAAGCGUAUUCUGGGCACGGGGCGCCGGGCCAGGCCGGCUGCGCCGGGCGGCAUUAGUGGGAAGCCGCCUAAAGACCCGCCCGGCGCCGCCCGUCGAGGGGGCGGGCGGCGGCAGACCGACCGGGCCGUCGAAGGGCUUAGGAGGCCGGUGGGCAGGGCCGAGGCGGGCCGCGCGGCGCAGCCAUGCCAGGCUUUACGUGCUGCGUGCCGGGCUGCUACAACAACUCACACCGGGACAAGGCGCUGCACUUCUACACGUUUCCCAAGGACGCUGAACUGCGGCGUCUCUGGCUCAAGAACGUGUCCCGCGCUGGCGUCAGUGGGUGCUUCUCCACCUUUCAGCCCACCACGGGCCACCGUCUCUGCAGCGUCCACUUCCAGGGCGGCCGCAAGACCUACACGGUGCGCGUCCCUACCAUCUUCCCGCUGCGUGGCGUCAACGAGCGCAAAGUAGCACGCAGACCCGCCGGGGCUGCAGCCGCUCGCCGCAGGCAGCAGCAACAACAGCAGCAACAACAACAGCAGCAGCAGCAGCAGCAACAGCCACCGCCGCAGCAGCAGUCGUCGCCGUCAGCCUCCACUGCCCAGGCCUCCCAGCUGCAGCCGAACCUGGUGUCUGCCUCUGCUGCUGUGCUCCUCACCCUUCAGGCCGCUGUAGACAGCAGCCAGGCUCCGGGGUCCGUGCCCCCAGCGCCCACCACUCCCACAGGCGAAGACGUGAAACCCAUCGACCUGACCGUGCAAGUGGAGUUCGCCGCCGCCGAGGGCGCAGCCGCCGCCGCCGCCGCGUCGGAGCUAGAGGCUGCUACAGCAGGGCUGGAGGCCGCAGAGUGCCCUUUGGGUCCCCAGUUGGUGGUGGUGGGUGAAGAGGGCUUCCCUGAUACUGGCUCCGACCACUCAUACUCGUUGUCGUCAGGCACCACGGAGGAGGAGCUCCUGCGCAAGCUGAACGAGCAGCGGGACAUCCUGGCGCUGAUGGAGGUGAAGAUGAAGGAAAUGAAAGGCAGCAUCCGCCACCUGCGUCUCACUGAGGCCAAGCUACGAGAAGAACUCCGCGAGAAGGAUCGGCUGCUGGCCAUGGCUGUCAUCCGAAAGAAGCACGGAAUGUGAACGCCCCCCCCUCCCCCUUUGGCUUGCUGGACUCCCGGACCUAGAGGGACCUUAGGCCGCUGCUGGUGAACUCCCCUAUAUUCCUGGGACACUGGUUGACAGUACUGAAGCUUAGGGCAGCUGGACUCUUUUGCUGGUGACCUGACACCGUCUCUUGUUUUCUCCUGAAGCAAGGUCCUGAAGUUUGGGACCUCAGACUCUGCACAGGUGCAGACUGUGAUUCUGAUGGGAACUGUGCCUCUGCCUAUUUAGGACCUCUCUCCCCAGGAGGCCAUCUACAAGGGGAUCUAGGUGACCUGCUGUUGAAGAUCCAGCUUGCCAGGGACUUAGGUUUAUCUUGUUAUGUUUGCUACUGGUUACAAAUUCUAUUUUCUGUACAAUUAGUCAGACUAAAGUUUUCACUGUGUUUGUUUGGCAAAACGAAUUAAACAGAAAGUAAGGUUUUAA